CACUGCUUUCGGUUGGCGCGAACUUUAACCGGAAGUGUGCGACUCUUGUUUCGGAGGAGGUUAAUGAGCUGUCAUUUACAGUGUUGUCUAGAUAUAAUGUAAAAAAGUAACAUUCUGCGUAGCUAGUUUAAUAGAGUACCACAUUUUGUGUAGGCUAAGCAAGUAUAGGAUGUCGGAUACGUUGUCUGAUGAUGCCAGCGGAGGAGAUGAUGGCCAAGAAGAUGUGAUGACUCCAGCGGAGCUGAUUGGGAAAUUGGAAGAGGCCUGGCUGAAUGAGAGGUUCUCUCCUGAACUUCUGGAGAACAAGUCAGAGAUGGGAGAGUGUGUGAUGGAGCAGCUGACUCACAUGGAGGCCAACCUGCAGCGGGUUAGGAGGGGUGAUGUGAAGGCAAGUGUCCACCGCAUGGAGAUUGACAGGAUCCGCUUUGUCCUCAGCAGCUACCUCCGCUCUCGCCUCCAAAAGAUUGAGAAGUUUUUCCCACAUGUGUUGGAGAAAGAGAAGUCUCGAGUGGAGGGAGAUCCUUCGUUCCUGUCUCCAGAGGAGUUUGCUUUCGCCAAAGAAUAUCUGGCCAACACAGAGACUUAUCUGAAGGCUGUAGCUCUGAAACACAUGCCCCCCAAUCUACAGACAGUGGAUAUGCUGAAAGCAGUACCAGAGCCUUGUCUGGACUCCUUUGUGUUCCUACGUGUGAGGGAGAGGCAGGAAAACAUCUUGGUGGAACCUGAGACAGAUGACCAGAGAGAGUAUGUUGUGGAUCUUGAUGUGGAUUCUCAGCAUCUGAUGCGGUAUCGCUCUAUAGCACCCCUGGUUUCAAGUGGCGCAGUACAGCUAAUUUAACUGUCAAGGAGCCUCCUGUCCUUGGUUCAGAUGGGGUUAUUAGUCUCCAACUGUGAUGGUGGAUGACCGGAGGAACACUGACUCCCUUCAUUGAACAUUAAUUACACUGCAGUACAUUGAGGAAGGAGUUAUUGACAUUAUUUGUGGACUACCAACUCGCCAUGGACGGGGCAUUAACUAGAAUGUCUGCAAAUAUAUUACUGACUUGUUGAAAUGAUGCGUACCUGAGGACAUAUCUCUGUCACAUGAAGCCUGCUUAUAAUUGUAAUGAUGAUCAUUGGAUCACUAAGGCUACAAGUGAGAGAUCCUUUGGUGUGAGGAUGACACAGGAAUACAUGAAUGGCACUUCAUGGUGUCUACAUGCAUGUAUCCCUCAACCUUGUUACAUACAUGUCAUUGCCAAGCAUACAUUUGUAUUUUGCAUGCUGUUGCUGCCUUGACCAUAUAUGAUUUAAAUGCUGUGUUUGUAAACCAUAUCAAUUGUUGAUACCAAAGGAAAUAAAUGUGUAGAUUUAUGUUUAAA